CUCUUGAUUCCAUUCAAAUUAAACAAUUCAGACUGACUUACUUUCUUGACUUGAAACGAGCAGAGGAUCCAGGAGCAUCACCAUGUCCAACAAAGACAUCUUGCCCAUAUUCCCCUCGCGGGCGAACUCCGUGCUGAUGAAGCUGCGUGUCCAGUCCGGGCAGCGAGGCAUCAGUCUGCUAAAGCGGAAGCGGGACGCCAUUGACCUGAAACUGCGCGAGCUGCGCCGCAGCAUGCACGAGAAGGAGAACAACGUGGACGAGCGAAUGCGGGCGGCCAUCUUCUCGCUGGCCAAGGCCAAUCUACUGGGCACGGACUUCAAGCCAGUGAUUGUAGCUGACAACAAGACCGCCACGGCCAUUUUGCGCAAGACGCAGCAAAAGAUCGUGGGCGUGCCGCUCAACUCCUUCGAGCUGGAGGCUGAGGAGCGAGGUGCCUUUCCGCUGGCAGGCCUCUCCUGCGGCGGAGUUCAGGUGCAGAAGGUGCGGACGCAUUAUAUCAGUGCCCUCAAGGAUCUGGUGGCAUAUUGCUCCCUGGAGUACAUGGUGCGGAUGCUGGGGGCAGCCUCGCGACAAACAAACAUGCGGGUGAACGCUCUGGAGCACGUGGUGAUCCCACAGCUGGUCCGUACCUACAACUACAUUUGCGCCGAAUUGGAGGAGUUCGAGCGGGAGGACUUUUACCGCCUGAAGCGCUCCCAGGCCAAGCAGCUGGAGGCCAAAAUCGCCUUCACAGAGCUGAUCAAGACCAAGAACAUGACGCCCGACGAGCUGGACCUAUAUCUGAAGAAAGGCGUCUUUGUCCACCCCGUGGCCGACACGCACUUUGACCUGGACGACUUUGACGCGGAAGCGGUCAGAGACAGGCAGCGCCAGGCGCGUCUAGAGAGGCACGAGAAACGGGAGAGGGAACGCCAGGAAGCCGAAAGCCGUGGCGAGACGCUGAUUCCCACUCUCAGCUCCUUCAUCACAACCUACAGCAUUGUGAACUUCCUGCAGAGGAUGUCUCACCAGCAGGAUUCGAUUACCAACACCACGUCGCAGGACAAAACCGAGCGAAUCAUUCGAUCAAGUGUACACAGUGCCCACAGUGCUCACAGUGCUCACAGCGCUAACAAGUCAGAAUAAUAAAUUCCCAGUUUAACCCAA